GUGGCGCGGCGGGGCAGCCUCCUCCCGGGGCAGGCACACAAACAGCGCGGGCCGCGCGCGGGUGGGUGUCGGCGCGGGAAGGCGGGCGGACAGCGGCGGACAGCGGGGCCGCCCCGCCUCUUUUCGGCGCUCCGGCGGCCGGCGCAGGACAAUGGAAGAAGCGACGGCAACGGUAGUAGCGACGGCGGCGGCGGCGGCGGCGGCGGCGGCGGGGGGGCCGUGCCCGGUGGAUCGGACGGGGGCGGCGGCGCUGAGCGGGGAGAACGAGGCCGAGAGCCGUCAGGGCACGGCGGAGCGCGGCGGGGAGGCGGCCCCGCUCAACCUGUUGGACACUUGCGGCGUGUGCGGGCAGCCCAUCCAGAGCCGGCAGCCCAAGCUGCUGCCCUGCCUCCACUCGGUGUGCCAGCGCUGCCUGCCGCAGCCCGACCGCUACCUCAUGCUGCCCCCCGCCGCCCCUCCCAAGGAGCCGCCGCCCCCCCCGGCCUCGCCCGGCCCCUCGCCCCUGCACUGCACGCCCGUUGGUGUUAUCCGCUGUCCAAUUUGUGGUCAGGAAUGCGCAGAGAGACACAUCAUAGAUAACUUUUUUGUGAAGGAUACCACAGAGGUUCCUAGUAGCACAGUAGAAAAAUCAAAUCAGGUCUGCACAAGCUGUGAAGACAAUGCGGAAGCUCAUGGGUUUUGUGUGGAAUGUGUAGAAUGGUUGUGCAAGACCUGCAUCAGAGCUCACCAGAGGGUUAAAUUCACAAAGGAUCAUACUGUAAGACAGAAAGAGGAAGUAUCUCCAGAGGCAGUUGGUGUGACCAGUCAGCGACCUGUGUUUUGCCCUUACCACAAAAAAGAGCAGUUGAAGCUAUAUUGUGAAACGUGUGACAAGUUGACCUGCCGAGAUUGUCAGUUAUUAGAACACAAAGAGCACAGGUACCAGUUUAUAGAAGAAGCUUUUCAGAACCAGAAAGUGAUCAUUGAGACUCUAAUCACUAAACUGAUGGAGAAGACUAAAUAUAUAAAAUGUACAGGGAAGCAGAUCCAAAACAGAAUUCUUGAGAUGAAUCAGAAUCAAAAGCAGGUGGAACAGGAUAUUAAAGUUGCCAUAUUUACAUUGAUGGUAGAAAUAAACAAAAAGGGAAAAGCUCUGCUGCAUCAGUUGGAGACUCUGGCAAAAGAGCAUCGUAUGAAACUUAUGCAGCAACAACUGGAAGUGGCAGGUCUCUCUAAACAGCUGGAACAUGCCAUGAAUUUUUCCAAAUGGGCAGUUUCCAGUGGAAGCAGCACAGCUCUAUUGUACAGCAAACGCUUGAUCACAUAUCGACUACGCUAUCUGCUCCGAGCAAGGUGUGAUGCUUCACCAGUGACUAAUAAUACCAUCCAGUUUCACUGUGAUCCUAGCUUCUGGGCUCAAAAUAUUUUCAAUCUAGGUUCUCUGGUAAUUGAAGAUAAAGAAACCCCACCACACAUGCCCAAGAACCCUGUGAUGGAAACAAACUUGCAGCCACCGGGCAGCUUACCUUCAAAUCAGCUAUCUAAGUUCCCAAUGCAAAUAAACUUGGCUCAGCUCCGACUCCAGCACAUGCAGCAGCAAGUCAUGGCUCAGAGACAGCAAGCUCAACGCAGAGCAGGUCCAGUAGGUUUACCAAAUCCAAGAAUGCCAGGAACUGUGCAGCAGCCUCCUGCUUCUCAUCAGGCACCUCCACGCUUGAUUCAUUUUCAGAAUCAUAGCCCCAAGUCCAAUGGUGCAGCUCCUCCUGCACAACAGAUGAGAUUUCCCCAAAAUCAGAACCUACCAAGGCAAGCAAUAAAGCUCAACCCAUUGCAGAUGGCAUUCUUGGCACAGCAAGCUAUAAAACAGUGGCAGGUCGGUAAUGGACAAAGUUCAACUGCCAUUUCAACAGCAAGCAGCAUAACUUCCACUCCAUCCAGUCCCACAGUCACUAGUGCUGCAGGAUGUGAUGGGAAAGCAUAUGGUCCUCCUGUGAUAGAUUUGAGUUCUCCGGUGGGUAGUUCCUACAGUCUACCAUCUCUGCCUGAUAUUGAUUGUUCAGGAAACAUCACACUGGAUACUGUUGCGAGGAAGGAUGAUGGCACUGUGGAGCAGAACCAGCCAAAACCCCCUUCAAACAGAACUGUGCAGUCACCAAAUUCAUCAGUACCAUCACCAGGCAUCUCAGGAGGUGUCAGUGUAACAAACAUACACCCUCCAAUACGUUCACCCAGUGCCUCCAGUGUUGGGAGCAGAGAGAGUUCUAGCUCUUCCAGCCGGCCACCGGGAGCUGAUUCUACACACAAAGUCCCAGUUGUUAUGUUGGAGCCUAUCAGAAUUAAACAGGAGUCAAGUACACCAAACGAGAACUUUGAUUUCCCAAUUGUUAUCGUGAAGCAAGAAGCGGAGGAGGAAUCCCGGCCUCGGAAUACCAGCUUUUCAAGAAGCAUACUUACUUCAUUGCUGUUAGAUGGUAAUCAUAACUCAACUUCUGAUGAAGCUGUUUUAAGAACAGAUGCCCCAGACAGCACAGAUGAUCAGCCAAGGAUACUGCAGGAGAAUACAACCAGUUCCAAGAUGGGAUGGAUAGGCCCCUCACACACCGGAGAGGGCAGAAAAGAAGACGAUCCCAAUGAAGACUGGUGUGCAGUAUGUCAAAAUGGUGGGGAGCUCCUUUGCUGUGAGAAAUGUCCCAAAGUAUUCCAUCUUUCUUGUCAUGUCCCUUCGCUGAUGAGCUUUCCAAGUGGGGAGUGGAUUUGUACUUUCUGUCGGGAUUUGUCCAAGCCAGAAGUUGAAUAUGAUUGUAAUAAACCAACUCACAACCCUGAAAAAAGAAAAUUGGAAGAUACUGUGGGUUUGGCACCAAUAGACCGUAGGAAGUGUGAAAGAUUGCUGCUAUACCUCUACUGUCAUGAAAUGAGUCUUGCUUUUCAAGAUCCAGUUCCUCCUACAGUUCCUGAUUACUACAAAAUAAUCAAAAAGCCUAUGGACUUAUCAACCAUCAAGAAAAGACUUCAAGUAACCGAUUCAUUCUACACAAAGCCAGAAGAUUUUGUGGCCGACUUCAGACUGAUUUUCCAAAACUGUGCUGAAUUUAAUGAGCCUGAUUCAGAAGUGGCUGAUGCUGGCAUGAAACUUGAAGCAUACUUUGAAGAACUUCUAAAGAGUCUUUAUCCUGGGAGGAAGUUCCCUGUACAAUCUAACUGCCAGACUGAAAAAGAUAAUCCAGAACUUAGUGAUGACUCAGAUGAUGACAUUGUACAGCCUCGGAAAAAACGUCUCAAAGGAGAAGACCGUCAGUUGCUUAAAUGAGUCGCAUGUGGAACGUUUUUUUAAAAAACUAAGAAUAUUUAUCACUGUCAGUUGUCAAAAGGGGAAGAGUCAUGACUGCUUUGACCUGGAGCUUGGUGGAUAUUUACUUGACUUUCUGCCCCUCGUCUGAAACGCAAAUCCAAGAGAGAUCCAGGGCAUGCAGAGAGCUUCCUUGAAGUUCCAAACUUUCAGCAUACUUCUGGAACAGCGCAGAAACUGUGAUUUGUAUGGGAUGACAGCUGUUUAACUUUACUUUGAAGAAGAAAAGAAGUUUGUAUAGAAUUGAACUUUAAAACGUUACAUGGGUUCAACAUAUGGCUUUCUGAGUUUGAAGAAAAUGUGAUCUCACCAGACAUUUAAUUUUACCAAAGGCAUGUGGCCGGCCAUAAUUUGGUUUCUUUGUACUGUAUUUAACACAAGCCAUGAAAACAGAUGUUGUAAUAUUGUUGUCCUACAAUACUGACUGAUACAAUGAAAAUGUAGUUGCCCCUAAAGGAGUUAUUGGUUAAUUUUAAAAUGUGAGGGAGAGUGUAUUAAAAAUAACUUAAAGAAAAAA